CGAGUCUUCCACGAUGAUCACGAUACCACCUUCAAACUCUAAUCUCUUCGAUGACUCCCACUCCCAAUGAGCCCGAACGUCGGCCAGUGAGGAAUGCUAGACCGAGUUACCGAGAACCUGAGAGCAGUUCGACAGAAACCGAUACCAAAGUCCAUGACAGGAAGAUCGUCAAGAAAAAGGGAAAGGCACGCGAGGUGAAAAGAAAGAGUAGUAAUGGCGACCAGGCAGAACUGGCUCGAUAUGAGGCCGGUCCUGAAGGAUACAAGAAGAUAAGGAACACUGGAUCGCUACCCCAUUUCAAUGACUGGUGCACAAUUGUUGUGGACGAUAUCGGCAAAAAAAUCUACAUGUAUGGUGGGAGCCGUCCUAACGACAGAUCAUGCAUCCCCACAAACGAUUUUCAUGUCCUGGAUAUCGACACUAUGCAGUGGAAGAAGCUCGCGCCAAAAUUCUGGUCUAAUGCUCAUCAACCAUUCGAACCGGUAGGAAAAUCGAAGCCCUUGCCGUCGUUGUUCAAACCAGCAUGCACUUUUCUUCAUUUUCAAGAAACAACUUAUAUCUUCAUGUUUGGCGGCUUCGAUGUCGACGAGGAGGCCGUGUCUUCUCGCCUCAUAGCUAUUGAUCUUGAUGAUUCGCAAUGGUGGUACGUCGAAGUUGAGGGAGGCGACGUCUGUGGACGGAUGAAUGCGUCUAUGAUUGGUAUAAAUAACAAGCUCUUCAUCUUCGGUGGGAGAGCAUCAUAUGACAAGGAAUCUCUCGGCAUGGCAUCUUACUCUAUCGCUGAAUACACAAACCAUCGAUGGAAUUGGAUGUCUGGAAGGCGGGACCGAGCUUACGAUGCCCAUGUUCCUCCGUUAGGAUUCGGUGGACGAGCUCUCUCCGUACACGGAGGGAGGAAAAUCCUACUAACUCCCGGCCGCCUGGCGAACAAAACACCCGUCAACAUGCAGGAAUCGAACUCAAUUUUCUUCCACACCACCAACUUCACGUUUCGAGCAGCGGCAGAUACAGUCGGCACCUUCCCCGGAAACUUGCGUUGGUAUUGGUCAUACUCUAGUGAAGGUUCUCAGCCUUUCGUUCAACCCUUACCAACGACCUCGCCAUUACCGCGGAAACGAAAGCGAUUAUCCUCUCCGCCGCGCGAAGUUGUAGUCUCUCCGCCGCAUGUCAUUAUUGCUGGGUGGGUGGAUUAUGGAAAGGAAGAUCAUAUUAUGCCCGAGCUGUGGCAGUACUUUCUUCCGCCUGAAGAGAAAAUCCAGUGCUUCAACAUCCGCUCAACGAUCUGGUCCAUGGACCUGAACCUACACUCCUUUGCUGUAGUCGGUAACCGGAUGAUUCUUCUUGGUUUUGAGGCAGAGAGCGAAGGCGAUAAGGUUCCGGAUGAUGCAACGUAUAACAUAUGCGUUGAGGUAGAUAUGGGCGUCAUCUCUAAGAAUGCGACGGAAGUCAAGAUUGAGGAAGAGUGAAAAAAAGUCAUGGAGGACAUAUUUCCCGCCGUCAGGGAUGGUCUUCAUGACGCUAGAUUCGAUUCGAUGAAUAAGUGUAUAAAGGAUGCAGGAAACCGCAUGGCCGCCCUGCGACCUCCUCGAUAGCAAGUGUACUAUAUACAAGAUUUUCGUUCCCUUUCCAAUGGUUUAGUGAGGGAAGGAAAGAACCAUCGUGUUAUUGAAGUCCUCACAUUUCCCCGUCGAAGAUGAUAACAAUCAUUUUCUUUCUACCGUACGAACUCGACCCACGUCUUUUUUGCGCUCCGUUCCGACUGGCGAGAGUCUGACGAAAGGGCUUGAAUCACACAGAAGGGGCCUCGGAGUAUUAUCUCGGCGCCGUGAUACAAGGUCAGAGAACAAUACAAUUGAUUGAAGGAACAAGAUCAGAAACAAUCACAAA